CGACCAGCUGGGUGCCCAGUCGCAGGCUGGAGCUGCCACAGACGGAGCGCCCCUCACAGCUGCCCGGCGCGUCCUAAGGGCGCUGCGUCGGGCAGAGCUACUGAGGGACCGCUCCUCCCAGGUUCUGGGCUCCGGUCUGAUCCCUGAGCUCGCUGCUCCGCAUACUCUCCCUACUGUCUCCUUAGAGGAGACUCCUAAUGACCCCCUCCCAGCUUCUUCUCGCCCCGCACUGCCCACACUCAGUCCCUUCCCCAGGCAGCGGCAGCGGACGGCAGUAUCUCCUGCCCUCCGGUCGCCUGGAGUGCUGCAGCCAUGGGCAUCCGAGGGAUGCUGCGAACCGCUUUACUCUUGCUGCUCAUUAGAACCUGGCUCGCGGAGGGCAACGACUUCAGUUCCACUCCGAAAUUCCACUUCGAGCUCUCCUCCACCGUGCCCGAAGUCGUCCUAGACCUCUUCAGCUGCAAAAACUGUGCAAAUGAAGCUGUGGUUCACAAAAUUUUGGACAGGGUGCUGUCGAAAUAUGAUGUCCGUUUGAGGCCCAAUUUUGGAGGUGCUCCUGUGCCUGUGGGAGUAUCUAUCUAUGUCUCCAGUAUUGAACAGAUCUCAGAAAUGACUAUGGACUAUACUAUUACGAUGUUUUUUCAUCAGACCUGGAAAGAUCCACGUUUAGCAUAUUACGAGACCAAUCUGAACCUGACCCUGGACUAUCGGAUGCUUGAGAAGUUGUGGGUCCCUGACUGCUACUUUCUAAACAGCAAGGAUGCUUUUGUGCAUGAUGUGACUGUGGAAAAUCGUGUGUUUCAGCUUCAACCAGAUGGAACAGUGCGAUAUGGCAUCCGACUCACCACCACAGCAGCUUGUUCCAUGAAUCUGCAAAAUUUCCCUCUGGACAAGCAGACCUGCAAGCUGGAGGUGGAGAGCUAUGGCUACACAGUUGAAGACAUCCUGUUAUACUGGGAAGGCAAUGGGAAUGCAAUCCAGGGGACUGAGAAGCUGCACAUCCCUCAGUUCAGCUUCCUGGGAAAGACAAUGACUAGCAAAGAGGUGUUUUUCUACACAGGUUCCUAUGUGCGCCUGAUACUGAGGUUCCUGGUCAAGAGAGAAAUCAUCAGCUACCUUGUGCAGAUCUAUUGGCCUACUGUCCUCACCACUGUUGUCUCUUGGAUAUCAUUUUGGAUGAACUAUGAAUGCUCUGCAGCCAGGGUGACAGUCGGUCUGACUUCAAUGCUCAUCCUGAAUGCCAUCAACUCACAUCUGUGGGAUAAACUCCCCCAAAUUGCCUGUAUCAAAGCCAUUGACAUCUAUAUGGUCGUAUGCUUCUUCUUUGUGUUCCUGUCCUUGAUGGAAUAUAUCUACAUCAACUAUCUCUUCUACAGCCGAAGAAGACCUCGGCGCUCUAAGAGGCAACUCACAAGAGCCCAAAGACUCCUAGCCCGCUACCGUUACCAGGAGAUAAUGAUGCAGCACCCUGCACAGGAGAGACCCCAGGAAGAAGAGAUUUUUUUGUCGAUGCAAGAGACCAUCCAUCACGCUGAUGAGGAAAGUCCCCCCACUCCUCCCUCCCCAACUGUGAUUGUCCAUGCAGCAAGUGACUUCAUGACUCUAUCCACUGUCUCCAUGAAGAGUGACCAGAUGGACAUAGAAAAUGAAACUGACUCUCUUCUCUCCACACCAGUGCAGGCCCGCCUAGCAAGCUCAGAAAGCCUUGGCUCUUUGGCCUCUAUCUCACUGCAUGCACCGCUGGCCUCCUCAGAAAGCCUCAGCUCACUGUCUUCUCUCUCAGACCAGGCCUGGCUGGCUACUGGAGAAAGCCUGAGUGACCUCCCGUCCACCUCACAGCAGGCCCUGCACAGCCAUGGCAUUUGCUUUAAUGAUUCUAAGAUUGAAGACACUGUUAUUCCUACCGAAAUCCGCAACCGUGCUGAGGCCCAUGGCCGCGCUGAGACCCGUGACCCCGAAGACCCUGAAGAGAGCUCCAACACCGAUGAGAGCCCUGGCCAUGGUCCUAGUAGGAGGCAUCUGCUUGACUAUGGCCGGAGGUGUGUGCAAGAUGCAAGCUAUGACCCUAAUGAGAUCCGUACCACCCUUAAUAUGCUCCGUGGCUUGCCUGAUGAUGUCAGAGUUGAGACCGGCUACCUUGACCUUGAAAAGCAACUUAAAUGUGAUGCUACCAGCACCUGGAGCCUGCAUGAUAGUGAUUUGAUGAGCCUCAAUGGAGACAAGGACAGUAACUCGGAGUCUGAGGAUAGCUACCCUCCAAGCCCUGGAUGCUCCUUCAGCAAUGUGUUCUCCUCCAAGCUCUUUCACCCUGACUACGUCCCUAAGAUCGACAGAUGCUCCCGAAUCCUCUUUCCUCUUGCCUUUGUGAUGUUCAACGUUGUUUACUGGGCAUACCAUACCAAUUAGUUCCAUAGUGUCCCAGGGUGGCUGUGCUCCUUUCACAGUUCCUUUUGGUUCCAUUCUGCCUUCUUUUCCUUCUUCAUUUCAUUUUGUGGUUAUUUGGGCUGUUGAAUCAGCUCUCCAUUUCUCUUCACAAACAUGAAGUGGGGAGUAAUUGGAAAGGAUGUGUUCUGGCUGGAAGGAAAGAUUUGAGAAGGAGUUGGAGGUAAAUAACACAUUGAUUUUCCUUUUCUACAGAAUACUAUCACCUUUCUAAAGACUACUAACACCUAAUAAGCACAGAAAAGCCCCCUGGCAGAAGUUAGAGGACAGAGAGAAGUCAGCUUAGGGGACAAGAAGGAUCCGAGCCCUGUGCACAGAAACAUUUCUGGGGGCCUUUCUGUCCCACUGAAGUGUUGAAUUUUCUUUUUCAUUACUUUUUUCUUCUGUUUUUUUUUCCUCCUAGAGAUUAUUGUCCUUGCCCACCUCCUGCGUAGAGUUUUAUAGGAAGGAGCCAAACUGUGUUGUGCUUCAGUGCACAGGAGAAGAGCUAGCCAUCUCUUGGAAGUGCAGCAGGACGGCUCUAGGGAACUUGCGGGUUUUGAAAGUGCCUUUCCCUUGAUUUUUUUUUUUUCUGUUGUAUUUUGUGUGUUGUGGUACAGUGUUAUGAAUGGAAUAUGAGUGUGGAUAGGGGUGCUGAGUGAGAUGUCAGGAUAAGUGAGAGAGCAUGUUCCCAAAAGGAGCUUGCAGGGGGUAAAUGAUGUUGGGCUGGAGAUUAUUCAGAUUGAGCUGGCAUCUUUGGAAGGAUUGGAACUUCUCUUAUACACAUUUCUGCUUCGGAAUGCUUGACAAUAGGGACUCAAUACAUCUUUCUAGGUCAGAUGCUGAGUUGAUCAAUGGAUACAAUGCAAGUACUCAGUGAAUGAAGACUAGGAUUAGGAAAGUUCACCAUCUGAUCUAGAAUAGCAGAUGAACAACUGUUGUGCAUCUAUAUACUAAUCCUUUCUGUUUCUCUAGUGCAUAGUAAAUAUCAAUGAGCUCACCAACACAUCACAUUGUCAAACCCUCACAGGAGCACUGUGAGCCAGGGAAGACAAAGCACAUUGUCCCCAGUGUACUGAGGGAUAAAAAUGAAACUUAUAAGAACAUGCCUCCAGUGAGUGGUGGAACCACCCCACUUGCUCUUCCCUCUUCUUGUUCUUGAAACUUUAUCAGCUGAAGCGCUCCACCAUCUCCCCUCCCCUUUACAAAAUGGGGUGCUCCAUCAGAUUCUGCUUAGGCCUCAUUCUGCAGCACAUGGAGCAUCUCUGCAGAAGGAGACUGGUGACCAGUCAAUGAGUGUGAACUGAGCACAUUGAACAAAGGCACUGUCUACCCAGUGCACCUCCUAAAGGAAGUAAACAGUAGCCUGCUCUCCAACUUGCCAAGCAGCUCCACUUCAUUGACAGAGGAGGUAGGGGAGUAAGAUUUGCUAUGCACUCAAUUGAUGUCCCUCCUUCCUCCCUAGGCAGCCUCUCCUGCAGCCCCUCAGCCAGCUACCCUUUUAACUGUUUCUAUGUUUGUGUUUCUGUGUGUACCUGGGUGAGUGUGUGCAUCAAGGUAGUUCUGCAUACACCAUUUGAGAAGCUGUAUAUUUCUGUGUACAUCAGUGUAAAUCUAUAUUGGUAUAUAUAAGAGUGUAUAUAUAAUAGUGUGUGUAUGGAUAUGUGUGUGUGUGUACACUCCUAUGAAAGAGCAUGUAAACUUAUAAUUUAUGUAUUGUGUGAUUUUGUGUACACAAGUGGGUGUAUUCUGUGUGCAUGUGUAUAAAUGCAUACAUCCAUACAUAUAUGUUUAUAUAUCUGAUUUGUGUGGGUGUGAAAGGAAAUAUACAUGAAAGCCUAUGUAUUACCUGUUGGUAGUUCUAGAACCACGAGAAUUCCCUUUGGCCUUUUCCCACAUAAGGGAGGGGGGCUGUAUUUGGCCAGGCUGUUUAACUGACUGUUUCUUUCCAAUUACCUGUUCCAGGGAGCCACGUCUCCCAGUCCCCACCCACUCUUCUCCUACCUCCACCCAUCUGUGCUGUCACCUGGAUAGAAGAUGCAGAAGAAGUGAAUGUAGUCCCAGGAAGUGAUAAUUUAGUGCCUUUGAGGUAGGACGUACUCAAUCAUGGGCUAUGCUGGGAGUGCAGAAAUUUUACUUUGUAUUGGAAGGAAGUGUUUAGGAGUUACAAAGGCAGGGGUUGGGGUGGGGAAGCCUUGAAGAUGUAUUAAGAACAAAAAUUUGGUAUAGAAAAUAGGGUAGGAUUGCUAAAGAGCUGGAGAGGGGGUUGUAUAUAGCCUUUAUAAUGCAUGCCUUUAUUCCAAUCACCUUAAGUCUACAAGUGUCAGGGCCAGAGGCAGCCACAAGCAGGUGAGUGAUGUAAGGAAAUGGCCCAGGGGAUUGGCUGCUAGCCGCUGGGUACAAAUAACCAAAGGUGCCUGGGAGAUGGCUGCAGGCAUGAACUGCACUGGUGGGACAAUUCGGGGCAGGGGCAUUUUAAUAGCCCAUCCUGGGAUGGUUGUUUCUUGAACUUCAGUGUUGGAUUUGGUUUUGGAGCCCAAAACUCCCUCCUUCCACCCCCUCCAAGGAAAGAAAUAGUCAAAGGGGUGAGAAGGCUGACCAAGGAGAGAAGAGCAAAGGAACCCCAGGGAUGAUUGCCUCAAUCGGCCCACCUUGUCAUCUCUUCUUCUUUUCUAUGCACACACACACACACACACACACACAAAUAUAACCUCGUAUACACAUCCACAAAAACCUACACAGUCACAUAUACAUGUGUACACACAUGGGCAUUCACUUUUAGUGGUAUAUACAUAUAUACACACAGACAUGCACAACCAGUCACAUACAACCACACACACAUAUAUUCACACACAAAAUCACGUUUACCCUCAUAUACACACACAAACACACACAGAUGCCCACACACACAAAACUAGUGAGAGGGCUAAAAUCAAGAAAAUUACUGCUGGAAUGUCUAAGAUAGCCUCUUUCUUUUUGGACAUCCCUCACAGAGAGAUCAGGUUGGGAGGAAGAGCAAUGACCCCACAUCUGAAGCUCCCACAAUGGCUAUUGAAAGGCUUGCCUCCUGGGGCCUAACCACUGGUUGAUUGAUUUGGAUUUGGGUUUUCAGGACCCAGGAGUGCCUUUGAGCCCUGCAGGAGGCGAGCAGUUCAUUUGGGAUGAGGUCAUACAGAGAUUGGAGCAGUGGGGGGAAAAAAGAGGAGGUUUAAGAUGUAUCUGGCAGAAAUGCUCAGGAACGCUUCAGAGUACAGAUUAAGGGCAGAGAGGCCAGUUGUAAAUAUCUCUAUAGAUCCAUGUAACUAGAUAUAAUGCUAUACCUUUAAAAAAAGAAUAUUUUGCCCUAUUGUGCUGCAAUGAGAGCAGUUGAACUACUGCUACUCACACUGUGUGAGAUAAGUGUCAAGAUGAGGUGGAGGUUUGGCAAUGAUACCUUUUCAGAAAUUUGAGCCUUUGAGUUUGCCAUAGACUUGGUCAUUUUAGCCUGAAAAUUGCCAGAUCUCCCCUUGUCAUGUUCUGUGUCUGUUCUGUCAUCAGCGUUGUUGUUGAGACCCACCCUUAGCUACCCCUAGCUGUACAAGCGUGCCAUCCUCCAGCUGGCUGCCUACCUCCCCUCACCUCGCACCAAGUAACUCUAGAAGUACAGAGCAUAUAGCGGGGCGCUCCUGGGGCUCAGCCCAUGGAGUCUUUCUCAGCCCAGCCAAUCAGAGAGUGCUUGUGGAGAUAGAGAAUUUGGAGCUUGGGCAGAGGGAAGGGUCUUGCUUAUGCCGGUAUGGAGCAACCCCAACUUUACUCCUCUACCCAUCUUCCCUUUCUUUUCCUCACGUGUGAUAUCCCAUUAACCUUCCCCCUAAAAUCCCUUCUCCACCACUACCACAGGAAGGAGACCUCUGUGUCUCUAAAGUGCAUUUUGUUGUGGGAAUGUGUAAUACAUUUCCUCCAAGUUCUUGCCCAUUUUAUCUGCCACUGUGGGGCAUCUUUGCAGAGAUAACAGAAGAUCUUACUAGAGCUUGUCAAAUGUAUUCUUACAAUCCAUGUCAUCUUGUUAAUAGCAAGGCUGCAAAGUUUUUGCAUAUUUAGAGCUGAGAUUUGCUGAGACUGUGGCCACUCUUAAUGAGGUUUCCUUAUUCUGUACAUAAAAGAGCUAACCCUGAGCUAUUAACUAAUGAAUACAUUACUAAGCUAUCCACCUGCAUGGUACCCUGCUGUGGUGAUGAGCACCAAAGGAAAUCAUGACUUGUCCUACUGAAAGUGUCAGUGUGUUUGUGUUUGUUGUAUAGUAUCCUGUGAUCAAUAUGAAAUCUCUAUUAUCAGUGUUGGGUUUUCAGGGUAGGGAGGGGGGAGGGUGUCGCAGUGUCUCCUUGAUAUACUUCAAUUAUGAAAUACUCCCAGUUGGUCAAGGUCACCUCUGUUGACUCAACUUUGACCUACCAUCUUGCCGGGCUGCAUCCCCCGGGUCAAUACUUAGCAGUGUAACUGAAGGCACCCAAGUCUUUUGCAACUGGCUGUGGUGCCAGGGAACUAUUCGGACAGCAGCCAAGGCAGUGCCAUGCUGGAAGCAGACAAAAUACAGUAAAACCACACAUAUGCAGGUCUUCAGAAGUGGUGCUGGGCCCAGGCAUUGAAAACCAAGAAAGGAAGAAGACCAAGACCUAUGUGUACUGGAUGAUCUGACUGACAAAAGGGCCCAGAGAAGCAGAGACCCCCCUCCCCCCGCAGGAUGACCCGGUUCCCUCUUUGUCCUCAUUAAAUGCACACUUUUGCAUAAAAAAGACCUUGACCAGCUCUGACUUUGAGAAAGGAAAACAUGAAGAAACAUAAAAUUAUGCUUCUGAAAAAUGUUGAAAUAAAGGUUUGUAAAUAACCAAAAGGAGAAAAUAAAUAUAUAUACAUG